AUGGCGCGCCCAAGGGAUAUAGCCGCGGUCGCAUACACCCCUCUGACAGAGCCUGAGAACGCCCACGGCCCAACCGCAGAGGAACCCGCAGCCGUCAGACAGAAACGAUCUGUAUGGGCUCGUCUGGGAAUAUCCCGCAUCUUGAUUUUGAGUGUCGGCUCUAUCAUUCUCGCAUUAUUCAUCCUACCUUUGGCCUGGCUUUGGGCCGAGUCCAUGGCAGCGAUGGCAGGCCAGCGACCAAGCAGCGCUUGGAUUUCUGUCAUCGAAGAAAAUUGGAUCACCCGAGUUGUCACUAUAUCUACUGCCAUCCUAAGAGCGGUUGUUACAGCCCAAGCAAGUGUUGCGACCGUGAUGUUUGCCGCCAUCAUUCUCGAGCGCAUCGGAACGCCCCUGAUAGACGUGCCCUUCUAUUCCACUGCGCGGGCUCUCAACGGGAGCCCAACGAAUUUGUUAUGGAGUAAGAGUAUGCCUCUUCACAAGAAUGGCCUCUCAAUUCUGGUUGUCUCCCUCAUUCUCGUGGAAGUCGCCGUGACCUUGGCUGCUCAGUUUCUUUCCACCCUUCUCGUGUCGGACUUUGGGAAUGGCACCUACAGCAAAGCGAGCAACACGACAAAUGUCCGAAUCCUGAGCCCUAAAUCUAAGACUAUGGCUCAAUCGUGGUGGUCCAUGCCCCCGCCAAUGAGUUGGACAUUUGUCGAGGAAUCGGAGCCCUAUUCAACGGGAAUUAACUACGACGACACAAGCCACACAUACCGCGCCUUCUUGCCGUUUUUAGAAAAGGACCAACGAACAUCCUUGCGCAGUUUCCGAGGCCCAGUCCCAAUUAUGGAUCAACGAGUUGUUUGUGUCCAACCUGCACUGCGUGACCUUCGUCUUGACGUGCUUAAUGGAGGCUCACCGCGUCUCUCUGGACAGAUUGCUAUCGCCAAUGACACAUAUCCGAUGCUACAGCAGACGGAAACUCAGUCUUACAUCCCGUUCAUGUGCGCACUGCCCACUGUCUUCACUCUUGAGCCGCAAGGAGCGACGAGCCUAUGUUGGGUUAACUCCGGUUAUGACUGGGAUGUUUUGGUGCAAGAUGCCCUGGUGCGAGUCGGACCCAUCACAUCAAAUGGCUCCCUGAUUGUCGGGUAUCCGCAGGCAUCCACGAUGUUCAUGCUUCUGGAUGUUGUUUCUCGAGCGGCUCUAUGGACAGGCAUGGUGCAAAACGUAAGCGUUGCCGGUGGAAACGAAACCGAGAGCAGUCCCUGGGUAAUUGUCGGGGACGGUAGCAACAACCCUGCAGUCCGGGUGACUUCCUGCAUGGCAAAUCUUGGAAUAGACACGUUUACCGCGGAUAUACACAGUGAGUGGGAAACAUCAGAGCCGGAGAUGUCCUGGAAUCAACCCAAGAAUAGCUACAACACAUCAGCUACGCGAUCUCAGCUGGGGGCAGUUCGCCCUCAACAAUCGUUACAUGAUCGAGGUGUACUUGGUCUGUCCCCUCGUUCAAAAUGGCGACCGAUCUUUCCCGAUGUCAAGAUCGCUCAUUUCGAUGGGGAAAAUGCGUCUGAUGCAGAGGCAUCCAACGCCUUGGAUCGUGCCAUAACCAUCUGGACUUUCCCAAUGGCUUUCGCCAACAGUUUGUCGGCCCCGCAAAGCAGGAUCGUAAUGCCCGUGCAUCGUAAUCAAACUCUUGACCCGGGCCUCAUACUCUCUCGGUACACAUCUAUCGAUCCAUCCAACGCACACGAGAUGUACAGGAAUUUGUUUCAGGACACGCUUAACCAGACAAACAGCCCUGCCUUGGCCCUGCAGGCCGUUUUGAUGCGUGUAUGUCAGAUGAUAUACUACGAGGAUCUCCUGCGACUGAAUGAGACCCAAGCUGCCGAAACAGCUUUCUCACAUGCAGCAGUGAUUCCAACCCGGUGGAUGGGCUUUGGGGUGGGAAUGGGACUUUUGGGCACCCACUUGGUUGUGAUGGGUAUUGUUUUAGGACUCUUUUUGCGAUACACGCGUCAUUCCCUGCUAGGGAACUACUGGCAGGCAGUUUCACAGAUAUACUCAGAAGAGACGAGUGCGGUCCUGGAGCAAGCAGAUCAGAUGGAUGAUGAUGAGGUGGAAUGUUGGAUCAAACGCAAGAUACCCGCAGCAGGGCUAUUUGGUGUGGCGCUUGAUAGUGAUGGACGGGUGGCUCUGAGGGUUAAGCAACUGGAUGGGCACACUGAUUGA